GAGUAUAUAUAUAUGCUCCUUUGCCUCCUCCAUUGAUGUGUGCACGGCACUGCUUAGUUGCUUCGAGACACGAUCAGAAGUCAUCUGGAUCAGCCAUGACGAACGGCUACCUGUUCCGGGAGUACAUCGGCGCGCAGUUCACUGGCGUCCAGUUCUCCGACGUGCCCAUCAACGCCAUGCUCAGCUUCCACUUCAUCCUCGCCUUCGCCAUCGACUACACGCCCGUCGACCAGCAACACACGCCGGUGCCGACCAACGGCGUGUUCAGCCCGUUCUGGGACACGGGCAACCUGUCCCCCGCCGCCGUGGCCGCCAUCAAAGCCGCGCACCCGAACGUCGCCGUCAUGGCCGGCCUCGGCGGUGACAGCGUGCAGGACAUCGUCAAGGCCUUCUUCACGCCCUCAUCCGUGGAUUCGUGGGUGUCCAACGCCGUGACGUCGCUCACGGGCAUCAUCAACACGUACGGGCUCGACGGCGUGGACGUCGACUACGAGCACUUCGCCGACGGCGCCGACGUGGACACGUUCGUCGAGUGCAUCGGCCGGCUCCUGACGGAGCUCAAGGCGAGGAUGCCGAACAUCGCCACCUCCAUCGCGCCGUUCCAGGACGACGUGGUGCAGAUGUACUACCAGCCGCUGUGGAGCAAGUACUCCGGCGUGAUCGACUACGUCAACUUCCAGUUCUACGGCUACGGUGCCAACACCGACGUCACAACAUACGUGCAGUUCUACGACGAGCAGGCGACGAACUACCCCGGCGGCAAGGUGCUCGCCAGCUUCAAGACCGGCAACGUGACCGACCGGAUCACGCCGGACCUUGGCAUCAGCGCGGCCAAGGAGCUGCAGCGGCAGAACAAGCUGCCGGGGCUCUUCAUCUGGUCGGCGGACAGCUCCAAGCGGAGCAGCUACGGCUUCCAGUAUGAGACCGAGGCACAGCAGAUCAUCGCCAACCAUUGAUCCGAUCCGUGGUUGGGACGGUCUCUAGUUUGCACUGGACGAAGGACUUCAUAAGGAAUCAGUUUGCUAUUUGUCAAAUGCUUCAAAUCAACUUAUUUUUCGAUCACCAAAUAGCUAUAGGUUCUUGGAACAACAUCCAACUACUUAUGGGUUCAGCUGAGAGGCUAGCAUGGUGAUUGAAAAAUAAUUAAGUUUGAGGCACUUGAAAAAAAUAGUAAUUAGCACCAUAAGGAAUAAGCAGCGUGUCGCUAUGUGCAAUUUAUAACUUUUAAUAAUAAUAAAAGUUUGUUCGCCGCUUGUAAUGUGGUUCCGCAGUGUUGCUCCAUUAUUAAACUUUGCUUCGUUGA